AUGCAUCAUUAGAACAUUACUUAUAUAUUCAUUAAAUUGAAUACUACAGCUUUUUUAAAGUAAGGAUUAUACUCAAUAUUUGGUGUGGUCGCCACAUUCAAAUUUACAUUGGUUGUGCAUAAAUUUUACUUCACCCAACCAUUAUUCCAAGUUUUAUUCNUUACAUUUGAAUAGAUUUGAUGAAUGUUAAGCUAGUUAUAAUAUUGCCAUAUAAAAAAGCAACAAUAAACCAGAAUUAUAUGCAGAAAAAGGUAAGUAUAUUUAAUAACUUUAAAGCUAAUGCAUUAAGAAUACAAAAAAAAUCCAAAGAAGCUUUGAUUUAAUAUGAUAAGGCUAUAGAGUUGGAUUCUUAAUAGCCUAGUUUUCAUUCAGGAAAAGGUUGUAUUCCUUUUCAUAAAUUUAGCUCAUACUUUACAAGAAAUGAAUCGGUUUUAAGAGGCUUUAUUAGAAUGGUAAAAAGCAAUCGAUUUAGAGCCUUCUAAUUCUAAUUAUUAUUCUGGAAGAGGUGAAACUAAUCUUUUUAUUUUAGCAUAUACUUUAAGACAACUGAAUCGUAAUGAAGAAGCCAUCAUAUCCUAUAACUUAGCUAUUUAAAGGAAUCCUGAAAACUAUGAGCAUCACUCAGGAAAAGGUUAGAUUAAUAAUUUUGAAAUAAGGCUAUUCGCUAAGAUAAUUGCUAAGACAUUUAGAAGCCAUAGAUUCUUUCGAUUUGGCAAUAAGCAUCAAUGCUGACGAUGCAUAUCUGUAUGCAUAAAAAGGUUUGAGCAAUCAUAAACUAAAAAUUAGGCCUUGCCUUAAGAGAGAUGAUUCGCUAUCCAGAAGCUUUGAAAUGUUUUGAAUAAGCUAUUGAAAAAAAUCCAGAAGAUUAUGAGUACUUCAUUCAUAAAGGUUUUCUUACAACUUAUGAAUUAGCUGACACUUUAAGAUUCAUGAAUAAAUCUAAGGAAGCUCUGGAUUCUUAUAAUUAGGCUAUUCUAAGAUUUCCUAGAGAUGAGAGAAUUUACGGAGCAAAAGGUAAACUAACCUAAUACUCUUCUAUAGCAUAAGCAUUACGUCUUCAGAAAAAUUAUGAUGAAGCUCUGAAAUGCUUUGAUAAAGCAAUUGAAAUGAAUCCACAAAAUUCAAGUUUCUAUGCAGGAAGAGGUUAAUACUAAUUGAUACCAAAUUAGGUGACACUUUAAGAGAUAUGAAUCGUUAUUAGGAUUGCUUAAAAUAUUUUGAUCAAGCAAUACACUGUAAUCCUGAAAAUUCAUUUUAUUAUGGAGCAAAAGGUAUAAAAUAUUGAAUAUUCCAAGCGGAUGCAUUACGACACCUCAAUCAAUUUGAUGAAGCAUUAAAAUAUGCCAACUUGGCUAUAAAUUGGAAUCCAAAUAUAGCUGAUAAUUAUGAGCUAAAAGGUAAAUCAUUAAUUGGCAAAUACUAGCAAACAUUUUAAAAUUCUAACUCAAAAUUAAUGAGGCUUUGAAGUAUUUUGAUGAGGCAAUCAAAAGAAAUCCUGAAUGUUCCAAAUACUAUGCAGAAAAAGGUAUACUAUCUUAAUUAAUAAUAAUUUCAGCUGACACUUUACGAGCAGUUAAUAGAAAUGAAGAAGCCUUGAAAUCUUGUGAAAUUGCUCUUAAUAAAGAACCAUAUAACCACAAUUAUAUUUUAAUUAAAAGUAUAAAUGAAUAUAUUUUCUUAGUGAUUACACUAUUAUAGAUGUGUCGUUGGAAAGAAUCAUCAGAAUAAUAUAAAAUAUUAUAAUACCUCUGUCCAAAUUAGGAAUUUCUGAAUCAAAUAAAUAGUAAAUAUAAAAAUAUAUUUUUAGGUAAUAUAAUAGUAUAAAUGCAAUAAUUUAAUGAACGCUAUGGUCAAUGA